AUGCCGGCGAGUCGAAAUCUGCCAGCGGAUCGCAUUAUUCAGCUGGGCGAUCGCUGUAAACCGAUUUUAGUGCUUUAUCAGAAUGCCCGAAAAUACUACAAAUGUAAAAGUUAUCAAAAUAGUCCGGGCAUCAACUGGCUCGAGAUUCGUGUGAAUCACGAGGGUGUUCUCAAUUUUACGGCGAAUCCGCAUCAGCUGAUUCUCAACGCCAUCUUCGAUGCUGUCGAAGGUCAACAAUUUAUACCAGUCAAUUAUAAGUGCGGACACCUUGUGGACAGCUUUCUCGCUCGCUCCUGCACACCUGCCGUAGACAAUCUGUUUAAGCGCGGCUUGUGCAUUCAGGUCUCCACCGGUGCCAAGGUUUAUUUGACCGUCUGGUUCAAUGUGGCCGAAUACAAUUCGCAACAGAUUUUACCGAUUGUUAUAAUUUCACAGGUAAUUGACCACCUGUUGGACAAUCUGGAGAAUUACCAGGGCGUGCAGCGAGUGCUGAAUCUGAGCAAUUUCGGUACAAAUCCGUAUUUCAGUAAUUUUGUGGUCAGAUUGUCCAAUUUGGCCACGUUGCAGCUGGUGUGCACAACCAUUUACAACAACGAUGAUCGCCGUCGAUCGAUUAAUGGCUUUAAUCUGGCCAAUAAUCAGAUUAGCGAUCUGGGACCGCUGAAACUCUUUGGCGAUGUCGACUAUGGCCUGCUCGAUCUCAGCGGCAAUAUGUUACAUUCCUCAAAGCGUCUUUGUGCCGACUUGGCCCGUUUUCGAGCCAAGCAAAUAAAUCUGGCUCAAAAUCCCCUAACCCGAUUGGCCAACUAUCCUAACUGCCUGAGGCCAUUAAUUGGCAAUUUUGAGAUUGUGGAUGGCGUUCCAUUUGAGAGGCUGGGAAAGUUGUACACGCCACUCGACUAUGAGAUCGAUACGGAGUCGGAUGGCGUCCGAGUUGAUGCCAGAUGCAAAUCCAAUUUGGCCCAAUUUAAAGACAGCGAUGAUUGGCAUGCAUUUUUGAUACCUGAUCCGGAACACGAGUUUUUGAAGGAGGCUUUUUUCAACUUUUUCUUUAUUUCGGUGUCGCCAGAAUUGAGCGAAUUUUAUCCCUGCUACUAUAGGUAUAUUGAUGGCGAGCAUAAAUUUCUGGUACGUUGCUGCUACGAUCAGAUUGAGUAUCUGGUGCACAGCUGCAAUCUGAUGAUGGAAAUACCUCAACUGGUGGCAGAUGGCGAGGAGCACGUCCUAAGUCAUAGUCGUCGGAUACCCUACUAUCUGCGGAUGGGCGUCUGCGUCUUUAGACAGGGCCAAGUGGAGCCCAAGAAAUGCAUUGAGCUGGCAAUGCAGAAACGCUACAGUGCCAUCAAUCGUGUGCUCAACUUGGAACAGUUCCAAAAGGCCGAUGGCCUGGAGAAUGUGAUUGUACUCCUCAGCUCACCAAAGAUCCUGCAAAGCAUACUGAGGAUGGCGGCACGCAAGUUUCUGGGCAGUUGUCAGGAUCUGCGACUGGGCAGUAAUGGGAUUAUAAGUCUGAAUAGUUUGCGCACAUUAUCGCUACUGGGCAGUCUACAGGCGCUGGAUCUGGGCUACAAUUGGAUCCAUGAUUUAGCAGAUAUUGAUGUGCUGCGAGAAGUGCCGUUGAAAUCGUUGCGUCUCCAUGGUAAUCCCAUGUGCCGCAAAUAUCCUCUGCCCAGUGCGUACAUCAAGGCUGUGAAGGAAAUAUGUUCGGGUCUGCUCACGCUGGAUGAUGUGGAUCUGAGCAGUCGGUCGGGUUUGGCGCCCCAAAAAGAUUACCUAUGCGAUACAGCUGCCUAUGAACUAACCGGGGAGCUCUUCUUGUAUCCUUUUCUGCGUGAAUUCGAGCAGCUGGAUAAGCGCAUUCAUUUGAGAAGAUUCUACUCGGAUAAAUCCAUAUUCACAUUGACUUGCAGUUAUGAUAUUACACGCUGCGCCCGACCAUCGAAUGAGCUGUUUAAACGCAUCAACAAAUACAAUUAUCAUAGCAGAAAUCUGUUGAAAAACUCUCGCGACACGUGCCGCAUCAAUGUGGGUGCACAGGAUAUUAUGGAGGUCCUCAUGCAGUUGCCAGUGGUUACCCAUGAUUAUGUAUCACUGCAGACGAAUGUGCUCCACUAUGACCCCAAUAUGGCUGUGAUCUAUGUGAAUGGUGUGCUGCGCGAUGAGCCGGAAUUGUUGCUCGCUUUUAGCAGGCAGUUUGUGCUCAAAGUGGAUGCUGUAGGCUUGGGCGUUGGAAAGCGAGCGCGUCGCAUGAGGAUCGUCAAUGAGAGUUUUAACAUUAUGAAUCCCGCCAAGAAGCAACUGAGAGAUGCCUUUAAGUUCCAGGUGGUCGCUGAACCAACACAACUACAAUCCAAAGAAGACAGCUCAGUCGAUGGCAAGGAGCACAAGCUGCACAUAUUCAAGGAGUUAACUGGACUGCGUCCCAAAUGGUGCACGCGUGUCGUCCAAGAGGAAGCCAACUGGGAUUUCAAACUCGCAAUCGAGCACUUCUUAGCCAUGGAGUCCGCCAACGAAUUGCCAGAUGAUGCGUUUCUCUAAAAGCUUAAGAAGGUAACUUCAUCUCGUUGCAACUGGCCUUGUACUGUUGUCUGUUCUGUAUCUAGCCGCAUAAAAAAAGAAUUUAAUUUUCAAUAAUUUGUGAAUUGGAAUCAACAGUAAUUCAAAUAAUCAUCGUGAUUAGUAGUAAGGCUUUAGGAUUGUGUAAGUCUCUCUCCUAUUCUAUGAUUCACACAAGUUUCCACAUAUCCAAAUAACAAGCUCUUGCUUUUCUUAAGAAUUUUACCGUCUUCUGCUGAGCAUAAUAAAAUGUGUUUUCAUUUCA